GCUGCCUCACCAGCUGCUGGACCUGCUGCAUGUCCCCUCCCUGGAAGCUGACAGCGGGGAGCUGCUAGAUGACUCGGCAAAGGCACAGCUGAUGGCGUUUAGCUCCUGUUUUGCAAAGGCCGAGAUCGGUACGCUGCAUCUGGGCCGCCACAGUACGGCAACCUCCGCGGCUGCCGUGCAACAGGUUGUCGAGAUCUUGGGAGAUCCGAAGCAGCUGAGGGCGGAGCCGCUGUUGAGCUCCAACCCACUGUACGGCAAGAGACAACGUCUCCGCAUUGACAUUCAGGUGGCGGCGGCUCCCCCUGCGGGGCCCUGCCAGCAGCAGCAGGCGGCUGCCUCGGCAGCUGAUGAGCAGCAGCAGUGGCAGGAGGAGGAGCUGGAGCCGCCGCUGUUGCCGUCUGCUUGGCAGCUGACUAACGCUGCAGCCGAUUGGCUGGCAGCAGCUGGCACCAGGUGGCAUGGAGGAGCGGCAGCGGCAGCAGCAAUACCAGCAGCGGCAGCAGAGAAUAGGGAUGAGGAGACGACCACGGUCGAGGGUUUGCCUGGACGUUGCGUGCUGCUGCGUGGUGACUUCGUAGCGGCGCUGACCCAUGGGUCACCUGGCCUCCUUUCGGACUGGUUGUACGAACUGGAAGAGCGAGCGACGGACGUAACCGGCAUCGACUGCAUGCAGUCGUAUCAGGUGCUUCAGACGGCCGGCGCCGUGGUUGUGGCAUAUUACAGGGGCACGGAGGAAGCUGCGAUGAACGCGGCGUUGGUAGAUGUGGCGACUCGCCAGGGGCCAACAAGCUUGGAGGUGGUGUUGUUGGGUCCGCUGCCAGAGACGUCGUACGACAGCUUAUGCCCCCUGCCGUUGCAGUACGUUCAGAUUGCCGUACAAAAGGUCGCCCAAGAGGCCUGGGACGCCGCGGCUCCCAAAACCGGCAAGCGAGGCGUCCAAGUGGGCGGACAGCGGCUGGAGUGGCUGUGCGGGCUGCGGCUGCAGAUGCAGUACGUGGUGGGGUCCGUGGAGCUGGUUUAGCAGCUGUCCUUGCGCAUAGCACAGCAGCGAAUAAUGCUGCUUUAGACGGAGCCCAGACAUGUAUGACAGACCAGCAUGACAGGCGGUGAGAGAAGGAAACAGAAUGCUGUGCGUGGCUUGUGUUGGGGACAGGGCUUGUAGUUGCGUGACCAGUGGGUCAUCAGUGGGCCGCAGAGUGAAACGGUACCGGGAUGGAGAUGGUUGAUGAGCGGGGGCUAGUCGUAGCGGGUGGAGGUGGCUGGGCAUGUUGGAUAAAGGUGGUGAUGUAGACCUCCCCCCCAAGCGUGUGAUCUGCUGGAACCCCCUACGUGUGAUGCUGUAUAUCAUUGAUGUCGGGCAUUGUACGAUUAUCGUACAGCUCCAACAUUUAUUAUGUUGCCGCAUCGCUAAAUAGCCUACCUGAUACCGUUUCCAUUCGUUGCCUCUCCCCUCAGUGUUUCCUGAUUUACUCUUUCUCUGCUUUUGGUAGUGUGCAGUGCUAUGCGUUUGGGGGCUGGGCGAAAGUCGGCAUUGGAGGCCGACCGAGUUGUCCAGUAGCACGCCGUAAGAUUUAAGCCGGUGGCCGUGUACUGCUUUAAAUUGAAGGAAGGGAAAGCCCACGUGUGAUGACAUGGAUGUGAGGCAUGAUCCUGGAAACCUAAUGAGGUAUGGUUAGUCAUGCGUCAUGAGGACGUUUCAAUGCACAGGCGCAACGGUUGGGCUCAUACACGCCAGGAGGCCCAAACUAUAGACCGGAUGCCGCCCUCGGUCCAUGAGAGCCCCCAAGGUGCACGUGCAUAGCCCCGGAAAGCGCUGUGACUAGGAGACUAGAGCCCCUACGUUUACAGGGGCCUAAAUACAUGGCUGUCCGUGUAAUCAUGAUG